AUGGCGAACUCCAACGGUGGCUAUGGAGGUUUCGCCAUGACUCUUCCUGUCUUGGACGCGAAGACCAACUACGAUCGAUGGAAGGUCGCCGGAGAAGAUGCAACUGAUGCACAGAAAGCUGCAUCUUGUGAAUCAAAGAAAAAGGAUUGUAAGGCUUUGUUUCUUCUACGUCAAUGUCUCGAUCCCAACAAUUUUGAGAAUAUUUCCAGCGCAGAAACCUUAAAAGUGGCAUGGGAUAACCUUGAACGAAGCCUUGGUGGUGCAGAGAGGGUGAAGAAGGUCAAGCUUCAAACCAUGAGGAGAAAGUACGAGCCGUUGCAGAUGGAGAAUCAAGAAUCAAUUUCAGAUUACUUCUCCAGAAUUCUUUCUCUCAUCAACUUGAUGAAGGGAUGUGGAGAAUCCAUGACAGAUUUGCAGGAUGUUGAGAAGGUAUUAAGAACUCUCACAAGCAGAUUUGAUCAUGUGGUAGUUGCCAUUGAAGAAUCGAAAGAUCUUGAGAAACUCAAGAUUGAUGAAUUGCAAGGCAUGUUGGAGGCACAUGAACAACGAAUCAAAGAAAGAAGUGAUCGCUCCACUGAACAAGCUUUGCAAGCACAGGCUGGGAAACGUUCCUCUGGGUUCAAUGAUGGCUCCAAGAAGGGAAAGGAGAAGCUCAAGAAGGAUAAGUGGAUGGGGAAUGACAGUUCCAGGCAAGAGAACUUGUGUUCUGAUUCUGGUUCCAGUUACCACUAUGGUGAGUCUUCAAAUUCACAGAAUGACCAAGAUUCUUCCAACAAGAAGGGCAAUUAUGGUGCAAAGGCAACUGGGCAGAAGAAGAAAGUAGACAGGAAAAAGGUUCAAUGCUGGAAUUGUACGAAUUUUGGCCACUUUGCUGCUGAGUGUGCCAAGUUCCAGAAAAAGAAUAAAGAUGCUGAAGUGAGCAUGGCUCAGGGUGAGGAUUCUGAUGGUCUUGAACUGCUCAUGGCCAUCACAGAGGAUGAGCAAAUCACAGAGGAUGAGCAUGAUUCUGAUGAGCCAGUACUGCUCAUGGCCACCACGACCACCACAGAUGAUGAACAUGGAUUCUAUGGCUUAUGA